CACACGGUGUCACGAAAGCAUACCCAUCCAUUCCUCUGCACCAAACAAACCCUCAACUCUCUCUAUGGCUACAUCGUUUCUCUCUCCACUCUCAGCUCCACCCUCGUCCACCAUCGAUGAUUUUCGAGCAUUCGGCCAAGUGGGUCCCUCCCCUUUCCUUCAAGGCACAAAGCUCUUCUCUGCUUUCCCUUCUCCUUCUUCUUUCAGAAGGACCAUAACUAGAAGGUGCUUCAGGUCCCCAUUUGCCCAGUCUCUGGACCACAUUCCCAAGAAGUUCAGGGAAGAAAAUCUCAAAGAUGGAUUGAUGGACAAUUACAAGAAUAUACCCAAACAGUUUUAUGGUCUUACUGCUUCACAAAUGGAAAUUUUCAUGACAGAAGAUAAUCCUAUCCGACGGCAGUCAGAAAGAGUUACAGAGGAAAGCAUCUCGUCAGCCAGGAACUAUUUGGAUCAUGGGGGCAUGUGGAGUACAUCAGGCAUGGGCGAAAAGGGUCCUCCAAAAUAUAGUAUGAGCGCGGGCACUUAUCGUGGAGGAGCCAGAGGAUAUGGCAGACCUAGAAGUGCUCCUCCUGAUUUGCCUUCUUUGCUCUUAGAUGCUCGUAUAUGCUAUCUGGGCAUGCCAAUUGUACCAUCAGUAACUGAGCUCCUUGUUGCUCAAUUUAUGUGGUUGGAUUAUGAUAACCCUUCAAAGCCUAUAUAUCUAUACAUAAACUCAUCCGGAACACAGAAUGAGAAGAAUGAGACUGUCGGAUCUGAAACUGAGGCAUAUGCCAUAGCUGACAUGAUGGCUUAUGUCAAAUCAGAAGUCUAUACCAUAAAUUGUGGCAUGGCAUAUGGUCAAGCAGCAAUGCUUCUAUCACUUGGAGCAAAGGGUUAUCGUGCUAUGCAGCCAAAUUCCUCCACAAAAUUAUAUCUGCCAAAAGUCAACAGAUCAAGCGGGGCUGCCGUAGAUAUGUGGAUCAAGGCCAAAGAACUAGAUGCAAAUACUGAAACCUACAUUGAGCUAUUAGCAAAAGGAACUGGGAAACCCAAAGAAGAAAUUGCUAAAGACACCCAGCGACCCAAAUAUCUCCAAGCACAGGAAGCCAUAGAGUACGGCCUUGCAGACAAGAUAAUCAAUAAAGAGGAUAGUGCAUUUGAGAAAAGGAAUUAUGAUGAGUUGCUUGCUAAAUCAAGAGCUAUGAGAGGAUCACCAGGAGCUGGUCCACUAGCAGCUCCAGGAUUUAGGUAAUUAGAGCGCAAUUGCAGUAGCAUAAACGUCCGACAAGAUAGAUUUAUGCUGGUAUCCAAAGCCUUGGAGGUGGUUAUGUUGGGGAUUCAGUUGAACAUAUAGUCAUGGCGUGGGAAUGAUAUAAAUCCCCUUUUGUGACUGUAGGGAGCUUCUUCAGUACCUAUUCAUACAUGGUAUCUUGGAGAAUGUAUAAUGUUUAAUCACCUGCCUAACCUAAAGACAUUAAGAAUAAAUUUUGGCUUUUUGUUUUUGUAUAUAUGCUACGUAUGUUAUAGUGA